AUAGACUAAACUCUCGCCUGUUGCUGCCAAUUCGUCUCCUGCUCCUGCGGGUGGCGCUCUUUCCUUCCUCUGAGAGGUGCAGAAUGCGACCCUGAUCCGGAAGCCCGCUAUCCUUCCAGCACGAGGGGGCGUGCUUCCAUUCUACAGAUUGUAACUUCACGAAUGUUGCCCUGAUCGAGGUGAUCACUGACAGCAUGCGUGCAGGUCUUGCGAGUGCGCUGCUCCUAGCGACGGCCGCUACAGCUCAGCUACAACAAUGGGACGACAACUUCGAAACGGAUCCAGAACCGCCGCCUCCACCACGCUGCCCGGGAUAUGGCUCAUAUUCCAGGCAUUGGCACGCUCCGGGCAGCGGCGGCGCUCACAAUCUUUCCUACAUGAGACCUGAGCCUUACUGUCGAACAUUCAAUAGCUCUGUCGUAGAACAGGCCAUUGUAGACACCAAGGCCGCCAUUGCAGAUGUCGACCUCAGUCGACUCUUCGAGAAUGCUUUCCCAAACACACUAGACACUACCGUCAGCUGGCGCGGCGUCUCCGACAACAACACAGAAGAGGAACUUGCGUUCAUCAUUACCGGCGACAUUCCAGCAGAGUGGCUCAGAGACUCAGCUAAUCAGUUGCAAUCAUAUGUGUCUCUCCUCACUCCAUCUACAAGCAACGACUCAUUGGCAUCAUUAUUCCGAGGGGCGAUCAACCUGCAGGCGCGCUAUUUGCUCUACGCCCCACAUUGCAACGCAUAUAAAGCUCCGGUCGAGCGACUGAAAGAACAGGCCCUAGCCGCCACUGCUGACGGACAACCGCUACCACUAGAGUUCACGCAAGAUAUAUGGGAAUGCAAAUACGAGCUCGACUCGCUCGCGUCAUUUCUGCAAUUAUCCCACACAUACUUCGAGAAGACUGGAGACUUGGAGUUUUUCCGCAAGUUCAGUUGGCUGCCUGCUGUCGAGAAGGUCCUGGAUACAGCUCAGAGUAUGGCUGACCAUACAACUUACAACAAGAAUGGUACCACUGCGGAACAACCUUACAAGUGGCCAGGAAUGAGAAAUGGUGGCCAUGGCAAUCCAGUCGCCGCGGGCACAGGACUCAUCCGCUCAUACUUCAGACCCUCGGACGACGACUGUCUCAUGCAACUAUUUAUCCCUGCCAACAUGAUGUUUUCACAGUUCGUGGGUCUCGCUGCCGGUAUUGUGGAGAAGCUAGGCAAUGUGGAAACCGCUGAGAGGAUGAAAACAAUGGCUGCUUCUGUGCGGCGCGCCACCACGGAGCAUGGCAUUGUGCGAACCAAGGAGCACGGGGAUGUAUAUGCUUUUGAGGUCGAUGGAUACGGGGGUGCCAAUGUCAUGGACGAUUCGAAUUCGCCAUCUUUACUUUCCUCGGGCCUAUUCUACCAUGAUGUCAAGGAUCCCAUCUACCAGAACACGCGGGCGCGAGCUUUGAGCACGUAUAAUCCAUACUGGGCACACGGCAAGCACAUCAGCGCUGUCGGAGGCCCGCAUAAUGGUUACGGAAACGCUUGGCCCAUGGCUUCCAUCAUCAGAAUACUGACCAGUGACGAUGAUGAAGAGAUCACACAGCAGCUUCGGCAGCUCGUCACUAGCACAAGCCACAAGGGUCUUAUACACGAGAGUGUCAAUGCUCACAACUCAACGUCAUGGACUCGUUCUUGGUUCGCUUGGGCAAAUGGCCUUUUUGGCGAAUGCAUACUGGACCUCAAGCAAAGAAAGCCUCAUCUGCUACAGCUUGACUUCCAGAAUGUGAAAAUCGAUUCUCACGACGAUAUUGGCGACGUGAACUACAAGCCUCUGAGUACUGGCAAGCCAGACAUCUCUGCAGGCAAAUCACAUGCCGAGAGCCCACCAGAGCACGACGAUGACGAGGACAUGCCCCAUGGCCAUGGCGAGAUGAUGUCGGGCCACGGUCACGGAGCUGCGGAGCCACACAUGCCGAUUCACAUCGAGGAGAGUGCGAUGACCUGGUUCUGGCUGUUUGCAGGGGCGUUGGGUGUAUGUUCGACCCUUCUCUUCCUUCGCACAAUGCGAACGCGCAGAGGUCAAUACACCGCUGUAAAAUCAGGUUAAAGGCGCCGUGUUGCGGGCUCGGCUCAACGCCCAUUUCGUAUAUUGUAUAAAUCAUCGAAUUCAU